UCCCCAGAGGAUUCUAAACUGUCCCUUCUACCACCAGCAGGAGUUAGAGGGAGGCUGGAACUCCCAAGACAAACCAGAAGGCAGUCGCUGCAAGGGGCUUCUGUCUUUUCCGAGGAAGUUCAGUCCGGCUUGGUUGUCUGCAGCGACAAACAGGAAUUGAGAAAGAUGGAUUGUUGUAGGUGAGUCUGUUGAUGUGACAGUUAUUUGCUGAGCACCUACUAUGUGCCAGGCAUGCCAACCUUGCCAGACAAGAUCCUCAUACUUGUAAAGUCACGUUUUCUUGGGAACGACAAGCAGUAAACAAGCAAAGAAGAAACAUCAGCUGGUGGGAUGUUGUGCUUCCUUACAUGUUGCACCCAAGGUGAGUGCCUCGCUCUCCUCACCCUAGCCCACCGCUAAGGGGGCCACCAUUUCACAGCCGAUGCAGCUGAUGUCCUGGGAGAGAGGCCACCUGCUUGAAUCCUCCAGGGAGGCAGUGGAGGAGCCGGCAUUCCCACCAGGCCCAUGGAUGCCGAGAUAUGGAUGCAGAGAGAGAAGCUCUGCAGAGCACUGCGUACCCCGAAGUAGACCUUCUGCCAGAAGCACGGCCUGAUGUUUGAGGUCGUUGAUCUGAGGUGGGGUAUUCGGAACACCGAGGCCACUGACCACAUGACCACAGACCUCUGCUUGGAGGAGCUUGACCGGUGUCGGAAAACAUCCCUAGGGCCAGCUUUUGUUGCCCUCCUAGGUGACCAGUAUGGUCCCUGUCCGGUCCCCACACUGAUCGAAGAGAAGGAGUGGGAGGCUCUGAAGGCCCAGCUGACCACCAGGCCGAGUGACCUAGAGCUGGUGGCUCACCAUUUCCAGAAGGACGAGAACGCUGUGCCCCCUACCUACGUGUUGCAGGCUGCGGGCCCCAGGGAGACCCCCAGUCCUGAGGAGGCUACCCUGACCUCUGUGCUUCGCUGUGGAGCCCAGGAGGCCAGGAGGCUGGGUCUCAUCACCCAGGAGCAGUGGCAUCGCUACCACCGGUCAGUCAUUGAGUGGGAGAUAGAACGGGGCCUGCUGAGCUUGACAGACGGGCACCAGGGGGCCACUGUCUUCCUGAGAGAGAUCCAAGACCUCAACAAACACAUCCUGGAAGACUGUGCCUUAAAGAUGGUGGACCGGCUCCCAGACGGUUGCCUGGACACAGAUGCCCACAAUCUUCUCAGCAGCCUCAAGGGGCGUAUUGAUGACAUGCAGCCCGGAGUCCUCAAGGCCCACCACUUGCCAUGGAGCCGUGACCUGGUGAACCCUAAAAACAAAGCUCACACUCAAUACCUGAAGGAGCUGGGGGAGCAGUUUGUGGCCAGGGCUAACCACCAGGUCCUCGAGCGCCUCCGGGAGCUGGAGGCAGGCAGGCAGGAGUUGGCAUGGCUCUACCAGGAGAUCCGCCACCACUUGGGGCUGAGUGCCGAGGCCACCAAGACCUUCUGUGGACGCCAGGAACUCCUGGCCCAGGUGGGGCAGCGACUCCGGCAGAAUGACAGCCACCCCCACACGCCCCUGGUGCUUUUCGGACCCCCAGGCAUCGGAAAGACAGCAUUGAUGUGCAAGCUGGCUGAGCAAAUGCCGGGGCUGCUGGGCUGCAAGACGGUGGCCGUCCUGCGGCUCCUAGGGACAUCGCAGAUGAGCUAUGAUGCCCGCAGCCUUCUCCAGAGUAUCUGCUUCCAGGUGUGCCUGGCCUAUGGGCUGCCCCUGCCCCCUGCCCAGGUUCAGGAUGCCCAUGCCAGGAUGGUCCAGUUUUUCCACACCCUCUUGCACACAGUCUCCUGCCGAAACUUCGAGUCCCUCGUGAUCCUGCUGGAUGCUGUGGAUGAUGUGGACUCCAUCCGCCGUGCUCGGAGGAUCCCCUGGCUGCCUCCCCAGUGUCCCCCGAGGGUCCACCUCAUCCUUUCGGUCUGCUCAGGGCAGCGGGGAGUUUUGGACACUGUACAGCAGACGAUCAUGGACCCAGAGUCCUACUGGGAGGUGAAACCCCUCUCUAGCAACCAAGGGCAAGAGAUGAUCCAGCUCCUGCUAGAAGCCUCCAGGAGGACACUGAGCCCAGGGCAGAGGGACCUGCUCUGGGCCAGCCUCCCGGAGUGCGGGCACCCUGGGCGGCUGAGGCUGGCCUUUGAGGAGGCCCGGAAAUGGACCUCCUUCAUCAUGCCAGCUCCUCUGGCCUCCACGGCUAAGGAAGCCAUGCACCAGCUGUGUGCCCGCCUGGAGCAGACCCACGGGCAGCUCCUGGUGGCCCGAGUGUUGGGCUACAUUGUGUCUUCCAGGCAUGGGCUCUCUGAGGCGGAGCUGAAGGACGUCCUGUCCUUGGAUGAUGAGGUGCUGCAGGCCGUGUACCAGGACUGGACCCCGCCCAGCAAGGAGCUGCUGCGUUUCCCACCCCUGCUGUGGGUGAGGCUUCGUCGCGAUCUGGGAAACUGCUUGUCCAAAAGGCCCGUGGAUAACUUCACGCUCCUGGCCAUCACCCACAGACAGCUGGCCGAGGUGGUCCAAGAGCGCUACUUGUCAGGGCCUGAGAAAGCCAAGAGGCACGGAGUCUUGGCCGACUUCUUCUUGGGGACCUGGAGCCAGGGCACCAAGAAACUCAUCACCCUGCCACUUGUGGGGAAACCCCUGAACCUGGACCGCAAGGUGGCCCCCCAGCCCCUGUGGUUCUCAGACACAGUUGCAAACCUACGGAAGUUGAAGGAAUUGCCCCGUCACCUGCUCCACUCAGGCCGCAUCCAGGAGCUGAAGCAGGAGGUGCUGGGCAGCAUGAACUGGAUUUCCUGCCGGGGCAUGUCCGGGGGCAUCGAGAGCCUGUUGGACGACUUUGACCUGUGCGCCCCUCACCUGGACUGUCCCGAAGUGGGCCUGGUUCGAGAAGCUCUCCAGCUGUGCAGCUUGGCCAUGGAGCUCCGAGGCAUGGAGAGAAGCAUCCUGUAUACAGAACUCCUGGCCAGACUCCAGUUCUUCACCACCUCCCAUCCUGCACUGGUGGGACAGCUAUGUCAACAGGCCCAGAGCUGGUUUCGGGUGUGCCCACAUCCUGUGCUGGUGCCCCUUGGAGGAUUCCUCCAGCCCCCGGGAGGACCCCUCCGGGCGACCCUCACUGGCUGUCACAAAGGCAUCACCACCAUGGCGUGGAGCCUGGAAGAGAAGCUGCUGGCGGUUGGCACCCAGGAUGGCAUCGUGGCUGUGUGGGACAUGGAACAGCAGCAGGUGAUUCACAUCCUAACUGGACACACAGGAGAGGUGAAGUGUUUGAAAGUGUUCGCCAAAGGGACACUCGCCAUCUCCGCCUCCAAGGACCGCACACUACGUUUGUGGAACUUACUCUCUGGCCGGGUGAAAUUCACCAUUUGGGACGGAGGUACAAAAGAUCCCACUGAACCUCAGAUCGGGAGCCUUUAUGUGGACGAAGCAAAGAAGGUUGUGUAUUCAGCAUCUAGUUCAAAGAUCAGUGCUUGGAAUCUGGAAACUGCAGAGCUGGUUUUCCAUAUCCUGGGAGAUGCCUCUGACCCUUGGAUGUUCACGGCAGUGCUGGCUUCCUGGGCUGCAUUGCUGACCGUGUCUGAGGAUGGCGUGGUCACUCUGUGUAGUUCAGCCACGGGAAAAGUGCAUGGGAAGCAACACUUGUCCAGCAUCAAAGAAGAAACACCUACCUGUGGGGUCUCUGUCCAGAAACCAGGAAAGAUGGUGAUUGGGUUCAGCAAGGGUUCCAUCUCUUUGGUUUCCUCUGAAGGAGACAGCCUGCUGGAGAAGCUUCCAGAAGCUGUGGGGUUCCUGGUCAUCUCUGAAGACGAGUCACUUCUUGCUGCAGGCUUUGGAAGAUCAGUGCGGAUAUUCUUGGCUGACUCCCAGGGGUUUCAUCGAUUCAUGGCGACUGACCUUGAACACGAGGACACAGUGGAGACGGCGGUUUUUGGUGCUCAGAACAAUCUGAUUGUCACUGGGUCCCGGGAUGCUCUCAUUCAGGUGUGGAGUCUGUCAGAGCAGGGGAGCCUGCUGGACAUCCUGGAAGGUGUCGGGGCCCCCGUGAGCCUGCUGGUCCGAGGUGGGACCUUGGUGGCAUCUGCUUCCCAGCAGUCCUCGUCCUUUAAAGUCUGGGACCUUACUUACCCUCAGAAGCCGCGGGCUUCUGCCCCAUUUCUGGACCGUACUGGUCUCACUGCCGUGUCACACAACGGGAGCUAUGUUUACUUCCCCAAAAUUGGGGACAAAAACAAAGUCACCAUUUGGGACGUGGCAGAAGGUGAGGAACAAGAUGCCCUGGACACUUCCAACGAGGUCACGUGUCUGGAGGUCGCUGAGCAGGCCAACCUCCUUUUCACUGGCCUCGUUUCUGGCAUCGUCCUGGUGUUCCCCCUGAAUUCCAGGCAGGAUGUCCUGUGCAUCCCCCCUCCAGAGGCCCGGAAAGCCAUCAACUGCAUGGCCCUGAGUAAGAGUGAGAAGCACCUGGCCAUCGCCUACGACAGCAUUGUCCUGGUGCUGGACCUCAGCCCCGGGGACCCCUGUCCGGUCAUCGACGGGCCAACCUACACCUUCUAUACCCAGCUGCCCGAGACCAUAUCCAGUGUGGCCAUUCUUGCCAAUUACCGUGUGAUCUACGGCAUGACCAACGGUGCCCUCUUCCUGUACGAGUGUGCAAAUUCCAAAGUGUUCCCUCUGGAGGCCCAUGGGAACCGGGUAACCUGCGUGGAGGUCAGCCACAAGGAGCAGCUGGCAGUCAGUGGGUCCGAGAAAGCCCUGCUCUGUCUCUGGGACCUGCAGGCAUGCAAGUGGAAAUUCCAGAUGAAUUACACGAACUCUUACUGUCAAGGAGUCCAAUGUGCUUGCUUCUCCAAGGAUGACAAGUAUGUGUACGCAGGCUUGAAGGAUCGCUCUAUAAUUGUCUGGAGCGUGCUGGACGGUACCUUGCUGGCUGUCCAGUUUGUCCAUGCCCUGGUGAACAGAAUCAUCCCAACUGCCAAUGGCUUCAUCGCUCCCACCAGACAUGGCUAUCUCAUCCGUGAACGAUUCCAGUGCCCUUCUUCAAGAGCCUCACAGCAGGACCCUCUCAAGAACUUCAAGAAGGCAGUGUGGAUGAUUAAAUCAAGGCAGAGAGAAGAGCUGGCUGCUGCUGCAGCUGCACUGCAGGACUCGGGAUCAGGGAGUGCCCAGGGAAAUGAAUGCAAAUCAAAUAAACGCUCCCAAGUCUGCCUGAUAGUGUAGAACUGCCCCUGGGGGCAUGGCGCUCCAUGAGUUAGCCCCAUUCAAUCUGGCUGAAGCAAAAAGGAUGCAUGUGUUGAUGUAUAUGAGUAUCUGGACCCAAGGUCUCAGAUUACGUGACCCAGACAUUGCUUCUCACCAUCUUUCCAUUCCUGUCUCCUCCUUGUUGGCUCCAUUUGCAGACCUGCCAUCCCCAAGUUAGCAAGAGGGUGGCCAAGUUCAGUAGAAAGGAGAGCUUCCCUUUUCCAACAGUUUGAACCAAAGUCCCAGCCUUGAUUCUAUUGGUCACAAUUGGCUCAUAUGUCCAUCCUGGAACCAAUCUCUGUCUCUGGGAGAAUGCAGCACUGUGGUUGGCCAGCCAGACCCAAUGCCUAUGCAGGCUGAGGAUGUAGUCAACACCACCAAACUCUGUGGACUGAGAAUGGGAGAGGCUAUUUCCAGAAGGGAAAUUAGGGUGCUGGUACCAGGCAAAAGGGGGAAGGAUGGAUGUGGGACUGACCAAACCACAGAUGUGAACCACAGUACUUUAUGGUUUAUAAAGCACCAGGUGCUAUGGUCUGAUUCUUACCACAACCCAUACUUCAGGGAGGGCAGGAGUUUCUGCUCCAUUUUACAGAUGAGGUAACUGAGACUUGCAGAGGUAGCUGUGAUUUGCUCAAGGUCACGGCCCUAGGUGCAAGAACUCUGAGAAACAAGAUCCAGGAGCCUUUCUGUCCAAUCCUUCUUGAACCACCUCACUCCAAUUUUAGUCUUGCAAGUACAACCAUCUAUCCCACAGAUGGCACAUUCAAAGGCCCACAGGGGCCAGAGAGAAAUUUGGGAAAUUGCCUUGCACCUGGUGAGGAAGCGAGCAUUAUGGAGAUGGUGGGAACAUGGAGGGCACGUGCUCCGUCUCGGAUGGGCAUGACUCUACCCCAGAUGUAUAUGACUCUACCCCAGAAUCUCCAUGGGAAAAGCAGCCCACUUUUGUCAGAGCUUCCUAUUGUCAUUAGCAAAGCCAGAAAUUCACUUUUAUGCAACAUGUUCCCAUUUUUAAAAGUUGGAGAUUGGCUCAAGCAUACAUUUCCAGACACAUUUGCCCUAUAGUAUCUCCAGUUCAUGACCCGAGCUGGCAUUGAAACAAUAAACCUGCUAGAGUUUUUCCAGCUGUACUCCCUGGCUCCCAAACUUUGAGGAUAAACAUGCUUUUUUAUCUUAAAAACUGGAGGCUCUUGGAAACAGAUGGAAAGAGCUGCCAACCUCUCCCUGCUGUGCUUUUGCACCAUCUCUGCCCUGUGCAAGCUCAACAGUCCAAUUGUUUCCAUUCCACUUAAAUAGGUCUCUCCUCUUGCUGGCAGCCUCCUAGAAGCCCCACUUGCUUCCGGAGCGUUUGCUCUAAGGACAGGAGCGUCCAAACC